AAUAUAACCACAUAGUUAAUUAGAAUGGAGGAGGAGGAUCCAACUCCAAGUGUGAGUUUGGUUGUCUUGGGAAUCAUGUCAUGGAGCAUUAUUUUCAUCUUCUUCAGAAGAACCCUCCCAAAUUUCUCAUUUGAUUUUUGCAGCCGUUUGGUUGCAACCAUACAUGCUUCAUUAGCACUUUCUUUGGCUUCUCUCUCUGUUCAAGAUUGGUCUUGCCCUGUUUGUCCUCAAGCUUCUUCUUCUUCUCCUUCUCAGAAGAGAACAUUGGCAGUGACAUUGUCAUAUCUGAUAUAUGACUUGGGUUGUUGUUUCCUGAACAAACAAUUGCCUUUGGACACUCUGUUUCAUCACCUUGUUAGCAUCACUGGAAUUGGUGCUUGUCUUCUUUAUGGGAUGAGUGGAGCAGAGUUGGUGGCAGCUUUGUGGGUGACAGAGAUCUCAACCCCUUUUCUUCAUUUGAGAGAACUUAUCAAAGAGCUUGGCUUUAAAGACACUGACCUUAAUCUUGCUGUGGAUAUUCUAUUUGCAACCUUCUUCACAUUAGGAAGAAUGGUUGGAGGACCAUAUGUGACACAUUCCACUUGGGCAGCAAAUAACCCAAUUCUCAUCAAGGUCAUGGCCAUGGGAUUGCAGCUGGUGAGUGUCUUCUGGUUCUACAAAAUCCUCAAUAUGGUGAAACACAAGCUGCUGAAGAGAGUUUCUGCAAACAAGAAACCCUAAAUUUUUCAAGCAGUAAAACAACAAUAGGCUCAGAUCAAACAAUCUUAGAACUCGAGGAUCACAUUAAACUCGUUAACCGAAUGCUUCUUUCAAAAAAGUUCAUGCAACUGUUAUUUUUCUUCUAUUUCGAGCAGUUUAACACACUUCA